CAAAUUUGUCGUCCCGGAAAACUUGACCAGCGUUCUUCGUUCCCAGGGUUCCGUGAGAGCCGUUUGCCCCACCCCACCUCCUCAGCGCUAUCUAUCUCAAUGUACGAUUCUCAGAGAAAAACGGGGGCAACAAUAAUUCGGAGCGAAGCGGCGAGCGAACGUCUGUGGUUUCCCCGGGCGGUUGAUCGGAGCGGACGCGGCCUCUCGGCGGUGCGAAGAUGAGCGUGUCGCCGCCGGACCAGUGAUUGAAAACACCGCGGUACGUCCAUGUAUCAUGCACAUGUAACCGUAAUCUGCCACACGGAUUCAAAGGGAAUACAAAAAGCCGAGAGACUUGACAGCGAGCUGUACCUGCGCCAAACGGGGAAAUAGCGGCGGAUUUUCCACGAUCACCUGGAUUUUUUUUUUUGGCGUUUUACUCAAGGACGUCCAGCUGCCACAAGAGAGAAAGACCCGCCUGAGCUCGUCCGGAGAAGCUUCCCCGAUGUGAGGAGAAAUACAAAUUAACGUUACGGAGAGAAAAAGGACGGAGAAGGGGCCUUUUUUCUGUGGGUCUGGUCAAACCCUCGGAACAGGCGAGCACCAGCAUCUGUUGACGGGGGAGGAAAUCAUUUUGACAUCGGCUAAAAACAGGAUAUUAUUGAUAAGGUUACAAACAACCUACCCCCCCACCACCCUUUAAAAAAGAAGGUGUAUAAUGUGACGGAUUGGCGUUAGAGAAAGAAGCCCCGGUGUAGCCUGAUGAUUCACAUGCCGUCAUUUUAAGAGGAAAUUUUUAUUUUUUAUUUUCCCCACAUUUAGCCUUUGAUGUGCUUUAAUCAGCACCGAUUGCAAAAUGAAAUAAUAACCUUAAAAAAAAUCUAGAUUUAAAGGAAGAAAUAAAAAGGUGGAGGAAAAAUAGCGCUAGGGUUGUGAGUGUAAAUGAAUGGCAGUGUGAGGAAUCUACUGAAGAUGGGCACAGAAGGAGACAUUUGCUGAGAAAAUUAACUAUAAAAGUGUAGUAAUAAAUAUAGUUUAUAUAUAUAUAUAAAAAAAGAAAAGCCAGCGUUUGGAUUGAAAGGAAACGGGGACCGCCGACCUUCAUUCAUGUGCAUCGCCAGGCUGGAAAUUUCACAUCCACUCUCAUAUCAGUGUUGAUGACUUCAUUGCGGAUUUACAGUGAAAAACACAGGAAUCAAGCGUCUGUGAGGGCGGCAUCAUUGCUCUGCUCCUCUCUGACUGAUCUCGUGUUGAUAAAUUGCCAGUAAAUAGCCACAUCCAUCCAUCCAUACAUACUGUGCCAACGCUUGCUGGGGCCCCACCAUCUUCUACCUACUAACAGGUUUAUAUCUGUCUCCUGUGCAUCUGGCAACAUAAAUGUCACCCAUUUUGAGCCAGGUGUUCCUCUGCUGGGCCAGUCUAGGAAUUUAGGAUCCAUUGAUUUUUUUUUUUAUUCCUCUUCCUCUGAUCAACACCCUCACCCUCCUCCCUUCCUGCACCCACCCACCCAACCAACCACCCACCCACCCUGCCUCCCCCCUGAACCUGUCACUGGGUUUUUGGGAAGAUGGGCUGUCUUGGCAAUAGUAAGACCGAAGACCAACGAAAUGAGGAGAAGGCACAGAGGGAAGCCAACAAAAAGAUAGAGAAGCAGCUCCAAAAAGACAAACAGAUAUACCGGGCGACUCACCGGCUACUACUAUUAGGGGCCGGUGAAUCCGGGAAAAGCACGAUAGUCAAACAGAUGCGAAUACUGCAUGUCAAUGGCUUCAAUGCAGAGGAGAAAAAACAGAAAAUUCAUGACAUUAAAAACAACAUUAAAGAAGCUAUAGAGACGAUCGUGGCCGCCAUGAAUACGCUCACACCGCCAUGCCAGUUAGCCUGUCCUGCAAACAAAAGCCAAAUCGAAUAUGUCACGAACCAAGCAAACCAGAAGGAUUUUGAGUUUCCUACAGAGUUUUACGACCAUACAAAGAUCCUCUGGCAGGACGAGGGUGUGCGGGCCUGCUGGGAAAGGUCCAACGAAUAUCAGCUCAUCGACUGUGCACAGUACUUCUUAGACAGGAUCGAUGUGGUCCGGCAGACUGACUACACACCCACUGAUCAGGACCUGUUGAGAUGCAGAGUACUGACAUCUGGGAUCUUUGAGACGAGAUUUCAAAUAGACAAAGUCAAUUUCCAUAUGUUUGAUGUUGGAGGUCAGAGGGAUGAACGUAGAAAAUGGAUCCAGUGUUUUAACGAUGUGACAGCUAUCAUCUUUGUGGUGGCGAGUAGCAGCUACAACAUGGUGAUCAGAGAAGACAAUCAGACCAACAGACUACAGGAAGCCCUCAACCUUUUCAAGAACAUCUGGAACAACAGGUGGCUACGGACCAUCUCGGUAAUCCUCUUCCUUAACAAACAGGACCUGCUCGCUGAGAAGGUUUUGGCAGGGAAGUCUAAAAUAGAAGAGUAUUUCCCGGAGUUUGCACGCUACACUACACCUGAUGAUGCAAUACCAGAGCUAGGUGAGGAUCCUCGCGUCACAAGGGCAAAGUACUUUAUCCGGGACGAGUUUCUGAGGAUCAGCACAGCCAGCGGGGACGGCCGGCAUUACUGUUACCCCCACUUCACCUGUGCGGUCGACACAGAAAACAUCCGCCGCGUCUUCAAUGACUGUCGCGACAUCAUACAGAGGAUGCACCUACGGCAGUACGAGCUCUUGUGAUGGGGAAGCGCCGCCCGGUCGACUUAUUUACCUACCGUCCUACCUAUCUUCCCCCAAAACCCCCCACCCACCACCAACACGACCAGUUAGCCAAUCACCCCCCUCCCCACCUCCCCCCUCCCCUUCCACCAACUUCACCAAACGACUGAGCGAACAAGCGAGCGACUGACCGCCUGCCCUCCCCUCCCCUCCACCCCGAUACAACUCCUCCUGCUAACACAGUUUCAGAAAAACCCAGCCGUGGAAAGAUGUUUUGUUUUUAUGGAUUCACCAACAAAAGUUUCAUCGACUAUUAUUCAGGACUGAUUCCUGUACUCAGCCACACUUCGACCCAUGAAAGAGGGUCGAGACUGGAAUCUUUGUGCAGGCUAUUCUUCCUUUUAGCUCUCUCUCAGAUUUAUGAACACACACUCGCAGGUACACACAAAUACACACACACAAAAUGACAGCAUUAGACAUUCAGAGGCCCUUAAAUAGGUCUCAUAUCGCACACACACACACACACACACA